AUGUCUUUAGCAAUGAAUGAACGCUUCAAAAGAGCGGCCAGAGAUGGUUACCUCAAUGUUCUACAAGAAGCCACUCGUAAGGACUGCAACGCCGGAGAUGAAGACGGAAUAACUCCAACACUUUGGGCGGCAUUUGCCGGAAAUUUGGACGCUUUGAGGACAUUAGUUGGCAGAGGUGGUGAUCCGGGAAAAUGUGAUCACUUGGGGAGUACAGCGCUACACAUGAGUUCAGCCAACGGUCAUCUCAAUUGUGUUUCAUUUCUAGUCAGUUUCGGUGUAAACUUGUGGUCACUCGACAAUGAUUAUCAUACGGCCAAAGAUGUGGCAGCCAUUAACCAUCACGAAGAUGUCAUACAAUUCUUGGACAAUGUUAUAGCAAAGCAAAGUGCACUCAACACAAAAGUGGUACAAAAAAUGAAAGAAAAGUCUAUAAUAGAGGCCGAGAAGCGAAUCAAAGCCUAUCAAAAGCUACAGAAAAAGGCAACAAAAAGAGCUGAAAAAGAGGAAAAAAUGUUAGAAAAACAACGAAAAAAAAUUAUUGAAGUUAUUGAUAGUAAACAUAAAACUGCAAACCUCUCUGUCAUCACUCAACCCAAUCAGUCAAUUAUUACGCGAAAAGACAGUCGUCCGCAACAAAACAACUCUUCUCUUAAGUUCUCCGAUAUAGUGAAAAACCAAUCAAACGGAACGACAAAUAAAAUCAAAAUUUUGAGUGCAGUUUCCCGAAGAGUUCAACAAAAGAAACUCAACGCCGAUUCAAUUUCGGCCGCCAAUGAGUUUAAAGUCCGCGAUGUGUCCGGUGAUGACUGCACGCGGUCUGUCAGGUCAUUGACUGGCAUCCGAAGGGAUAGUCAGAUAUUAUAUGUACCGAAGUUUGACACACAUUCUAAUUAUGAAACAAAUUAUGUCAACAAUAAUAGGAUUCAUAUGAAGGAUGUGUUUAAUGGCCAACAAAUACAAAGGAUUGUCAUUAACUCGACGUCUAAUUUAAAUGUGAAUUCAAUGCAAGAAUACGAGACAUUAGAGGAAAGAAAGACUAAACUCUACCGAACUAUUAGUGAACCCGACUUUCUUAACAACUUUGAAGACAUACAGACAAUUAUAGACCGCAAAACUCCAGAGUCAAGUAUUUUUGUACGACCGGGCUUUGGAUCAGUUUCUUUCAGAGGAAAGUUCACUCCCGAAACACUUUUCUCUAAACAUUUAAGUGAUGAAAGCAACGGAAGAAAAGAAAGUGACAUAAGUUCAGUCAGUUAUGCCGACAGUAUUGGAAGCGCUGGAAGUCUUGCUCACAGAAAUGAAUUGGAAUUAGGUCUGAACCAAGUCUGGGAUGAAGAUGAAGACAUUGAUCAUAAUGUUUCCAAAACUAUUCCUAUUUUACUUUUUCUUUACGCUCAUGGAUUGAAAGAUUAUUUGCCACUGUUUUUGACAGAAAAGAUUGAUUUGGAGGCACUUAUCCUCUUAAAUGAAGACGACUUUAUCUCAUUAGGUAUACCUCUGGGCCCGAGGCGUAAGAUAUUAAAAGCAAUCGAUAGGAGAAAACAAGUGAUGGCUAAUCCCGGAGCUAUUAGAGAUACAAGACUUUAA